UAGGAAGUGAAAAUGUGUGCUGUGUAAAAGGCGUGUUGUCAGACAGCAGCUUGUGUGCAGCAGGGGCUGAUGGGAGGUGUGAGCAGCCGUCACAAACACGUCGUCUCAUCUCACAGCUCGUCCUUGUUUGGCCUCAGCUUCUCCGCAGGUUCACCAGGAGACACCGCGGCACAAAAUGCUUUUCCUCCCAGCUGCUGCUCUGUGCUGUCUGUGUUCAGCGCUGGUUGCCAUGGCAGCAGAUCUGAUUCAGGAUGAUUUAACAUUGACCAGGAGAGUUGGUGGAGAAGUUUCAUUCAGCUGUCGAGACACUGAGCUGUGUUAUGAUCCUUAUCCUUAUGUACUCUGGUACCAGAAGAGAGACACAGAAACAUUCACAAGGAUUCUGAGAAUUAUUAAGUCUACUGGUAAAGUUUACUCAGGUUACAAUCAUCCUCAGAAAGAUGAUUUCUCAGCUGUGAAGAAACAGAACGGCUUUGAGUUGAAGAUCCAGAAAGUUAAACUCACUCAUUCAGCCACCUACUACUGCUCCUGUGGGAAGGAUGGAUACGCGAUCUUUGGCUCUGGAACUAAACUGUAUGUAACAGAUGAGCAGGUAGUGAAGCCCGUGGUGAGCGUGUACCCAGCAGCAUCCAGAGCCCACCUGGAGGGGAAGAGCUCCCUGCUGUGUCUGGCCUCAGCCAUGUUCCCUCCUCUGGUCCAGUUCUCCUGGAGAAGACGAAAGGAGGACGGUCCUCUGGAGGAGCUGCCCCCUGCUGAGGGAGAGCAGCUGGAGCUCAGAGAGUCGGGACGCACCGCCGGCAUCCUGCUGAUCCACCAGCAAGAGAACAGCACAUAUAAAUACCGCUGCUACGUCCGGCACGAGGGGGGCACAGUGGAGGCCCAAGCAGAACAAGAGGUUCCAGCUCCAGCAGCCUCCUGUCCUCCAGAGAGAGAGCCAGCAGACCUGCCAGCACUGCAGCAAGCUGACUUGUCCUUCCAGUCUCAGUGCAGGGUGAGGCUGCUCUGCCUGCUGUACACAGUGCUGAUAGUGAAGAGUCUGGUGUACUGCUGUGGACUCUCUCUGCUGAUGAUCCUCAGGAACAAGGGAGCGUCCACCAACUGCUCACAUGCUGACUGACUGUUUUCUGAUCGCCUUUUCUCUCCAUCACAUCCCAUCAAUCUCUUUUCUCUCUGUGAUCAGUAUUCUCUAAUAUCAGUUAUGACGUGUUGUGGUCGGUUGUAAAAUGUAUCUUGUUAUGCAGGUUACCGUCAUCCUAAAACUAUAAGUACAUAUACACAUAUAUAUUUGCAGUUACUAAGUAUACAUUCUGUGUUUAUGUGUUUAUUUCCACCUUUACUUGUGACUUGUAGACUUAUAGAAAGAUGAAUCGUUAGCUGGUAGAUGUUUUAUUGUGUUUAGUAUCUUUCAUAUUCUUCUGUUUCUCUUUAAUACCUUGUGCAGAGUGCGGCAGGUUUGUCAAAUGCUCAAUAAAGCUAAAAAUCACA